ACCAAGAUGGCCGCCCCGAUCAGCAAGAAGAAGAAGUUCGUCAAGGAUGGCGUGUUCAAGGCUGAGCUCAACAGGUUCCUGACCAAGGAGCUGGCUGAGGACGGCUACUCUGGGGUGCAGGUGCGCCACACCCCUGCCAGGACAGAGAUCAUCAUCCUCGCCACUCGUACACAGAAUGUCCUUGGUGAGAAGGGGCGCAGGAUCCGUGAGCUCACCUCUCUAGUGCAGAAGAGGUUUGGGUUUGCCGAGGGGUCGGUGGAGCUGUAUGCCGAGAAGGUGGCUCAGCGUGGUCUUUGUGCCAUCGCACAGGCAGAGUCUCUCCGUUACAAGCUAGUUGGAGGUCUUGCAGUUCGCCGUGCUUGCUAUGGUGUGCUGCGCUUCAUCAUGGAGUCUGGAGCCAAGGGUUGCGAGGUGGUGGUGUCCGGCAAGCUGCGUGGUCAGCGAGCCAAGAGCAUGAAGUUUACUGACGGCCUCAUGAUCCACUCCGGAGAGCCACGUCGCCACUAUGUUGACACAGCUGUGCGUCACGUGCAUUUGAGGCAGGGUGUGCUUGGUAUCAAGGUGAAGAUCAUGUUGCCCUGGGACCCCACUGGCAAGAAUGGCCCACGCACUCCUCUGCCUGACCACAUCAACAUUGUUGAGCCCAAGGAUGAGGUGCUGCCAAGUGAACCCCACACCUGA